UACCGAGCCGAGCCAAAGCCACAAACCUUGCCGGAAGCCAGGCCACCGUGGGGCAUGGCGGUGACGUCAUCGUCAAGAGUCGUGGCGGUGCCCAAGCCGCAGCCGUCCGUCCUGUCUCAAUGGCAUGCCGUCGUGUUCUACUUGGUGCUGGUGUUCGGGGACCGUCUCCAGAACCCGUACGAGUACAAGCUCUACUAUUACAACAAGCUCGAGCAGACGGCGAUCGCGCAAAUCUACGCCGUCGGGACUCUCGGAGGCUGUUUUGCCGAUCUCUGGGGACGCUCGAUCGCCAAGCGCGUGGGCUGGAAGCUGUCCGCGCCGCUUCUGCUGGCACUCCUGAUGCAGUCUUGCCUGAUGAAGAAGACCGACCACCUGGAAACGCUGAUGAUCUCGAAGGUUCUGGCUAAGAUGUGUGUGCUCACGCUGUUCCCGCUGGCCUUGGGCCAGUUCAGCGCCCGCACAAGGCCGUCAGACGUGGCCAUCAUGAUCAGCAUCGGCUUCAUCGGCAUCGUCGCGGGCGUCACUGGCAGCCUGCUCUGCGACGUCAUCUACUUCGACUGCUUCAUCAUGUUCCGCAUAGCUACCUACGUCCUGGGACUCCUGUUUCUCUUCCACUGGCUCGCUCCACCGUCGCAGCCUAUCAAGGACCUCCUGGAACCGUACCGGUCCGACCGCAUCGUCACCCUCGCCGUGCUCUCCUCCGAGGCAGCCCUCUGGUGCUGCAGCACCGUCGUCGAAGCCUUCUGGGCGCCCCUGGUCAACCCUUCCAACAUGGACGUCGGCCUGCUGUACGCCCUGUACUGCUUCUUCCAUGUCUUCGGUGGCUGCUUCUUCCGGGUGACCCGCAUGAUCCAGGCGACGCCGCGCUACACCCUGACCCUGUCGUGCCUCCUGGCGGCCGUCGGCAUGUUCUUCGCGGCGGCCGCCAUGCCCGUCUACCCGGACUCGGUGCUGGUCAUCGUCAUGGCCAUGCUGGCCUUCCACUUCUCCCUCGGCCUGUGGGGCGCCGCGCUGCGCAAGCUCAGGAACUGCGCCAUGCUGUCGCCCCGUUACGAGGCCUACGCCCGGUGCGCGGGACGCCUAGUCGGUGCCGCCAUGUUGACCGUGAAGAAGGAGUUCGACACUCAGUACCUGUGCGGUGUCUUUACCCUCUGCUGCCUGUUCGUGCUGCUCUCGUUAAUGCCCGUUCAGUCGCUGGCCCGCUGGAAGCAGAAAUCACGAGUCAUUCAGGUGCUCAGGUACAUGACAGAGAUUGACACGCAGGAACAGCCACCCCGCGAAGAGCAGCAGCAUCAGCAGCAGCAGCACGAAGACGUGGUCGUGCACAACGGUUACUCCCUCGUGUCCGUGGCGGCUACCUGGUGCGCCGGCGCGAUCCUCGGAACCCUGGCCGGCGUGCUGGGCUUCCUCUUCGUCGCAACCGUGGCUACAGGAUCCCUGUUCCCGUCCAAGCAGCGCCAGGGGCCGCCACCGCCCGAGAGGGACGACGGCAGCGUGUGCUACUCGCCCGACUGCCUCGCCACGGCCGCGUACCUGCACGAGAAGCUCAACCCGCUGGUCGAGCCGUGCCGCAACUUCCCGGACUACGUGUGCGGACGCUUCCGCGGUCCCAGCAGCGUCAUGGAGCAGGAGUUGUGGCGUAGUCGCGUCGAGGUGCUCGCAAUGGUUCUCCACGCCUCUCACCUGCCCGGCGCGCGCGGCAAGGCCGCGCAGCUGCUGAGACAGUGCCUGCUCGUGUACUCGGUGGCGACAUUCAGCCACAAGGCCUUGCAGGACUUCAUGAAGCGCUUUGAUCUCAAGCUCAUCCGCGAGCCUCAGUCGACUGCCACAACGCCCGAUAAGGUGUUGGCUGUGCACGUGGAGCUUUCCUACAAGUACGGAGUGAGCGGCCUGCUGCGAAUUCAACCCAACGUCGCGCGCUCACUGUCGGUGGAGCUGGACCACGAGGCUCUGAUGGCUUCGGCGGAGAGAGUCGAGAACGUGACGAUCUCGUGUGUCACGCAGGUGAAAGACCUGCAGUUUGCCGGAGUUAGCCCUAACGCGUUCGCCGACGCCAUCGAGGCGAGCACGCCGUAUCGGCGAGAGGCGAGCGUGUACGAGGGUCGUCGCGUCGUGCCGCUGCUGGAGAGCGUCUGGCAGGCGUUCACCGACAUCGACGACUUGCUUGUCUGGACCGGCUGGUACGUUUUGGACGCGCUGGCUCCUUUCGUCGACACUCUGGCCGCCAAGCUGAAAAGCGAUGACAAGUUAUCCUUCGGCACGUCAUGCGUGACUAUGGUAUCACACGUCAUGGCUCCCGCAGUGGCCGCACUCAUUCGCCUGUCGCAAGUCACGGACAAGGCACGUGACCAGAUUGCCACAAUGACCGACGUCAUCGCCACUUGCCUCAAGGGAAAAACAACUUGGAUAUCGCCAUUCGCCACGCCUCCGCGUCUUCUCGUGGGCUUCCCGCCGUACGCGGACAGCGUCGAGCGGCUGGACGCCUUCUACGCCAAUUUCCCGAAGUCGAGCCAGAACUUCUUCGCCGACUGGAUCGCGGCGGCCGACGAGCGUGCCAGGCGCCUGAGUCCCGACCAGGAGCACGUGGACGUCUUCCGAAUGGAGGUCGACGUGGCCGCGGACGGCACGGUCGUGGUGCCCGCGUCGCUGUUCGCGCUCCCCUUCUUCGCGACCGGAGGACCGCCGGCGCUCAACGUGGGUGGUCUGGGACACUUGAUAGCCAGGCGGCUCGCUGAGAGGUACCUCGUGCCUCAGUCCAUCCUGCCCUCCGCGUGUCUACCUGGGUCUGGGGGCGACUUGGAAGGCGGUGUACUGGAGAGCCUGCUCGCCUACUCCUGUAUAGGCGGCGCUUUGGCAGCGCUCAAUGGCACCCACGAGCAGCGUCUACCUCAGUACGCCGGACUCACGCCGGAGACAAUCAUGUACACGGUCGGGUGCCUCAAGGUGUGUGUGGCCUGGGAAGACCAAAUCCUCAAGAGCCUAGACGAAGUACUGGACUGCGUCCCGCAACUUGGAGGACAGGGCCGCUGCAUGGCAUCGUCGCAGCAUCUGAGGGGCUUCGAGGACGCCUUUUCGUGCGAUUCGAAAGGGCAAAAGGGCGCCACCUGCACGUUCGGAUAA